AUGUCGUCCGCGCAUCGUCCAACGUGGGAACCAGCUCGAGCCAAAGCGGAUGUAGCGCAUAUUUCUCAGGUUCAGUCAAAGUAUGCUACGCCCACACACACACGCUUGAAGUUUCGCCGUCCUGGAGAUACUCAGAAAAGGUCACUUCAGGAACUCAAGGCUGAACUGGAAGCUGGAGAAAAUCGUGCGUUCGUUGAGCGCCAUCCUGAUGCGGAGAUGCCGCACGCCAAGCAACCGAAAUUAAUUACUCUAGAGGAGGAUGCAGAUGACGAGGAUUUGAGAAUCCCAGCGGCAAAUGACGAUGACGAUAAUGAGGUAGACGACGAGGACGAGGACGACGAUGAGGACGAUACAGAGGCUCUUCUUCGUGAGCUGGAAAAGGUAAAGCAGGAGCGGCGCGAACAACAAGAACGACAAGAGCAAUCAGCAAAGACCCAGCAACAACUCUCGAGAGAAGAGGAAAUUGCGAGGGGAAAUCCUCUCUUGAAUUUGGAGCGAGCAUUACAUGGUGACAAGAUCCCGACCGCGUCUGAGCCUUUGGAUACACCUCAGGAACGCUGGGAUGACGACUUAAUUUUCAGGAAUCAGGCCAUGAAUGACGAGAACGCCUUGAGCAAAAGGGGCUUUGUCAACGAUCUCACACGCACGGAGUUUCACAAGAAGUUUAUGAGCCGAUAUAUCAAGUAG